AUGGCGAGAACUCGUGCAUCAGGACGUGGUGGACGACCCCCAGUACCACCAGCUCGAGGCCGUGGACGUGGCCGCGGUCGUGGUCGUGGACGAACCGGUCCAGCAGAGGCAGCACCUAUAGAUCCACCGGUUGCUCAGGUUCUGGAGCAGGUUCCAGCAGCACCUCCUCAGGCACCUGCAGUGCCUAUUGUGAUACCGGGCCUACAGGAGACUUUGGCACAGAUUCUAUCAGUGUGCACCGUGUUAGCCCAGGUGGUGUCAGCUACAGCAGCUGCUACAUCUCAGACAGGGGGUGGUCAGCAGACCCCUGCGGCUCAGACUCCAGAGCAGGUUAUUCAGGGCUUGCAGACUCCUGAGGCAUCCCCUAUUGCUCCAGCUGCCCCAGUGGCACCGGUUAUUCCAGUUGCCCCAGUUGCGCCAGCCCCUGGUUAUAUUGUUCCU